AUGGCCUCUGUCAGCGUUACUGAGACGAUCGUUCCCAUGCCACAAUCACAGUUCCCUCCGCCUGCCAAAUCAUGGCAAGCCAUUCGAGACGAAAAGCGCGCUGAGCAGUUGUCGAGGAUUCCUUCGUCCUGGAGACUGCAGGCAUCGCAGUACCCGGCGAAAGACGAAGUGGAUGUACGGCCAACCGCCAUUACAUCGGGGAUCCUCUCCGAAAGAGAGCUUGAAAUCACAGGCGAAAAGUACGAUGCAACCUCGCUCGCCGCAGAGGUUGCCAAGGGCACGUACACGGCCGUUGAAACGGUGACGGCAUUCUGCAAGCGUGCUGCAAUCUGCCAGCAGCUUUGUCAAGCGUUGACGGAAAUCUGUUUCAGCGAUGCAAUCGACAAGGCGAAAAAGCUGGAUGAGUACUUCGAGAGAACGGGUGGAAAGACGGUGGGCCCUCUACAUGGUUUGCCGAUGACUUUCAAAGAGUGCUUCCACGUCAAAGGAUACGAUGCAUCCAACGGGUACAUUUCGCGCUGUUUCGACCCUUCCACCACGACCACCCCCAUCAUCCAGCUGGUCGAGGACGCCGGUGCAGUCGUCAUUGCGAAGACCAACGUCCCACAGACGAUGCUCGUAGCCGAGUGCGAGAACAAUGUCUUUGGGCGCACAAAGAACCCCAUCGUCAAGCACCUGUCGUGUGGCGGGAGCAGUGGCGGCGAAGGGGCGCUCUCCGCUUUCAGGGGAAAUGCAUUAGGUAUUGGCACUGAUGUGGGAGGAUCCAUCAGACUUCCCGCCGCGUUCAACAGCGUGUAUGGCUACAAACCUUCAGUUGGUAUCCUUCCCUUCAUCGGAUACGCCGCCUCAGGCUGGACCGGUGUCAAUACCGGCAUUCCUGCUGUCCUAGGGCCCAUUGGACACUCAGUUCGAGAUCUCAGGUUGCUCACUGAAGCUGUUCGCAAGGGUAAACCAUGGCUAUUUGACCCAGCCGUUAUACAUGGCAUUAUGGAGUCUCCGGAUCCUGUACUCACGACCAAAAAGCCUAUCGUCGGUAUCCUCCACGAGUCGGGCGUCACACCUCACCCGCCCGUCCGCCGCGCCCUCCACGAGGCUCAGCUCAAAGUUGAAGUUGCCGGCUACGAAGUCAGAGACUUCACUCCCGUCUGCCCAGACUUUGCCGAGUUAAGAGAAAUCAGCAGUCAGUUAUUCACCGUUGAUGGGGCUUCAUACGCGCGGCGAGAACUGGCCAAGGCAGGUGAACCGGUUGUACCCUCAGUGACCAAGUUUGGCUUCUUCGACAUGCCCAGAAAGAUGCACGAGGAGAUGUGGCAGUGGAAUACUAAAAAGGGGCAAAUGCAGAAGGAGAUGCUGGAUGCAUGGCAACAACUGGGUAUUGACUUGCUUAUUGCGCCUGCUGCACCGCACACCCCGAUUCCUCCGGAACAUUGCACUUCGGAGCUAUACACAGUUUCAUGGAAUGCUGUGGAUUAUCCUGCGAUAAUCAUUCCGUUCACGAAGGCGGAUCCGCAACUGGACCCCAGGGACAACGCAUUCGAGCCAAAACACGACUUGGACCAAAGAGUCCAGGCAUUGUACGACCCGGAGCUCAUGGCUGGGGCGCCAGUCUCCCUGCAAAUCGUUGCCCCGAGGCUGCAAGACGCGGCUUUGCUCAGGUAUGCCGAGGAGCUGGAUAGGGUGUUGAACGAGACCAAGAUAGCAUAG